UUUAUCUUUAUUUAAUAUGUUAAACACAACAACAAAACAUAUUGUUGCUGUUAAUAAUUAGACACACAUUGCAGCCCAAUGUUGACCUUGCUUACUUUGUUUAAUUCUGACUACUUAGAAAAUUUUUCUCGUUUGCUAUUUGCUUAAUUUUGUUUUCUAUAGUAUUUUAUGAUGACAAUUUAACAGGUUCUGAGUUUCUAACCGACAUGAUUUUCAUUAAAUUUAUCCUCUCUGCUACCUUCAUAAAAAAGUAUCAGAUACUAUCAGUAUUACGGUUAUUAAAACCGGUUACAGCAUGAAAAUAAAAUUUUUGAAUUUUAGGAACUAAUUCUCCUAUGAACGGUUAUCAGAUAAUUUUGUCCAAGCUUUUUUUUUUAAAUGAAAGCUCUAAAAGCAAAAUAAAGACAUAGACCCGAUGCUUUACUCUAUGAACUAGCGAAGUGUACUUCAAUUUUUUGAUAACUUCCAUUUAUUUACGAGAAAAUCUUGGAGAAAGUUCCCAUUUACCGUACAAGUGCAACAAUGAUAGUACCGUUUGUCCAGUUGAGUACCAGUAGAGAAUCAAGUAAAAACGCAUCUUAUGUAAAAUUUGUUUCAAGUCUUUUAAGAAACGUAAAAUGAAAUAUUUAUAUAUUGUCGUGGGAUUAUAAAUAAAUACGUCGGUAUAUCCACUACUGAAUCUGUCAAAAAAAGGAAUAGAAAAAAAAGGAUUUCGCAAUUUUUUUUUAAUAAACAAAAUUUUUUUUCAUAUUGUGUUAUUUUGAUUCCAAUAUAAAUUUCGUGACAAAAGGGAAUAAAUGUAUUUGAAGCUAUCAGUACAGUAAAAAGAAGAAAAAAAAAAUAUAUUUAUUCAUUCAUGAUAUUUUUUUAAGAGAAAUGAUUAAAACAGAUUUGCUUGUUAAAGUGCCCUGAUUAAAAGAAAUGAUUCAAAACGAUUAGAAACUAUUCAGAACGAUUUAAUUUUACUACUGUAUAGAAAUACAUUCAUCAUUGAGUAAAUUGUUUUGUUUAAUCAGGAUAUAUUCUUGAUUUUGCUUUUUGUCCUUUUAAGAGUAUAAAUGUACAAUAAAAUAUGUCUCAAGACAAUUUGAUGUAAGAAAAUUUCAUACUGGACUUGGGAUAAAAAUUAAACCUAUCUAAUAUUACGCGCUUAAGAUGGAUUUGAAUUUAAUAAAAUUUAUAUUUCUAUGCUUUGCUAUUGUUGUUGGAAUAACUAGCUUCCUGAUUCAUUUUGAUGAAAACUAUCUACCGAUAUUUUUAAGAAGAUCCUUUCGACACGGAAAAUAUGCUGAAAAAACUGGCCAUAAAAUCGUAGAAAAAUUUGAAGUUCCUAAGAGAUAUUUUUCACAUUUUUACGUAUUUGCUGCUCCACUGUCAACCACUGUAUUGCUCCUAUGUAUUUACAGAUAUUUUUACUCGGGCAAUCUUCCUGAAGUUAUUUUUACAAUUUUAGACAUUUUAUUCAACAGUUCUAGGAAAGCCCUUGUAACAUCAGAACAAACAAUUAUAGCAAUUACUAUGAUGACGAUACAAUGUUGGAAAAGAUUAUAUGAAACUCAUUGUGUUAGCGUUUACAGCGAUGCAAAAAUGAAUAUAAGUCAUUAUAUGGUUGGCUUUAUUCACUAUAUUGGGGCAAUAACAUGCAUAAUUGGUGAAUCAUCUGGAUUUGUAAAAGGUUCAGAACAUAAUUUUCACUGGAGUAAAUUAAACAGUAUUUGCAUUAUAUCCGCUAUGUUAUUUUUAUUGUCGUCCUAUGAACAAUUAAAAACUAAUUUUAUAUUAGCGGAUUUACGAAAAAACAAAAAAGGAGUGGUUGUAACUAAAUCAUAUAAAAUCCCAAAUGGUCGAUUUUUUGAAUAUAUUACAGCGCCUCUUCAAUUAACAGAAAUUAUUAUGUAUUUCACACUAACUAUAAUUCUUUGGCAGAGUUCAUCAUUCUAUUACAUAUUUAUCUGGGUUCUUGUUAAUCAGACUGAAACUGCUAUUUCAAGUCAUCGAUGGUACAAGAAGACGUUCAAAAAUUAUCCUACUCAUCGUAAAAUAUACAUUCCUUUUUUGAUAUAAACAAUUUGAACAUGUAUUUUUGUACAAUUUAAAGAUAAAAAUAAAAUUACACAACCAAUUUUCGAUUUUCAGGUUAGCCCCAAAACUUCCCGCUGUUUUUUUAGCUCUAUGAACUCGAAAACAUUAAAGUAAAUAUAUUUUUAAGCUCCAAAAUACCCUUGCUCCUCUGUUUUUUAUGAGCUUUUCAAGCUCAAAAGAGUUACGUUUCAUGUUAAAAUUGGGAAUUUCAGAAUUGAAAAUAUUUAAUAACUGAGCCGUUUUUAAAUAUUUAUCCACGAUUAUAUUUAAUAACAUAAAAAAGUAUGUUCAGACAGAAAUCCAUAUGAGUGACCAAAGUAAGGAUGUAAAUGAGUUCUGGCUCAUAUUAAAGCGUUAAUGUAUAAAACAUAAAAAAAAAAAAAAAUAAUGAAAACUGUGUUUUUUUAAUUGUUUUGUUGACAAUAUUAAUUGAAUUGAAGAAUGAGUUCGAUUACAUAACGUGGUAAUCGAAAGAGACCAUAAAGACAAGUUAAUAUGAUUUUGAAUACAUUUUAGUAAAUUAUAUUAUGAUUUACGUGGGAAAAAUGACAUAAAACGUUAUUUUAUUAAAUUUUCGACGCCGAUAUCUUUUGAAAUAAUAAACCGAUUUUGAUGUUCAAGGUAAAAAACUAAAAACUAAACAAAAAACUAAAAAAGUAGAUUUAAAAAAUGUUAAAAAAUCGAAACGUGCAUACCUCGAACGCUGAAAUUAAAUUAAAAAUAUAUCGCUCACAUUUUCCAUCGUGUUGAUGUUAUUUUGAUGCAGCCAACUAAUACAACAUACUACACUAAUAGUUUAAAAUGACUUUAUUAAAUGAAAGUAAAUGAGUGUAUCUUACGUGCGAGC